UGGUAAGCAAGGAAACCGGCACUAAUGCAAUGGACUAUGCAGACUUUAGAGCUGCCUGUGACAACUUAAAGUGUACCAAUACUGUUGAUAGAGACACCAUUACUUCUUGUAGAGACAAGAUCUUCGACAUACCUCAGUGUAGUAAAUUUAACGACAGAGAAACUCAGCAUCCUAGAAGUGUUCACAAGAAUAGCUCCAUAGAGAGUUUAUGUCCUUCUUGUAGCCACAACUACAUGUAUACUAAUAGUUAUUGUGGUUUUAACACACCUAGUUGUUUUUCUGAUACACACAGAUGUGCUCACGAUUUUAAUCCCAGAAACCCUUUUGGUACCCAUCAUCAACGAAACCAACAUAUUUGUGAAUCUUGUGGAAGUAGAUUAGAAUGUGGAAAUUUAUCUGGAAAUAGCAACUUUGGUAGAGGUUUUAUUAUAGUAACCGAUCCAGAAGAAUUCUUCAAAAAUUUAAAUAACCACGGUAUCAAGAAGGAACCUGAAACUAGCCUAUCUAGCGAUUCUUUGGACAAAUUAUUUGAGAAAAUAAAGAGAAAACUCCAAAGCAAAAAGGUUUUUGAAACCCCAGAAAAAGAUAGUUAUACUAGCAAGUCUAAAGAUAAAGAUAAAGACCAAGAUGAAUAUAAAUUAUUUCGAACCAAAUCACAAACAAACAUAUUUCAUUAAAAACUAGGGUUACCUGUCAAAAUUCUUGUCACCAUGUUUUCACAACAUGCCGUUUAAAAGUAAAAAAGUAGUGAUACCAAAAGGCCUCAUCAAUCCAUGCGAGAAUACCAUUGUUGAAGUUCCGCCGAAUUUAAAGAAGCAACCUAUAGUGAUAGUAAAAUAUCCGAAUCAAGAUUGUGCUCCAGAUCCAGAGGCUAGUAGUUGCCCUUAUAAACCUUGUAGACCUGCUGAGAGAAACAGCGAAUUGGAUACAAGUGAUAACGUCAGGCUUAUGGUGCAAUCCAACUCCCAGAAACCUAAAGUGAAGAUGGAGGAUAAAAGUGUCGGAACCAUGAAUCCUAACCAUGGUGUGCACACCUUCAUACCUUUAGUAAAUAGUACACAACAACCAAAUGCUUCUUCCGCAAUGAACGUUCCUGUGAAUAUUACGGCGAUUCCGCUAAACCAAGCUCAGAUAAUUCAAGGUUUAAGUGGUACUCAGCUAACACCUAACCUGAUACCUAUAACAAGCUAUUCAGGGAUACCUAAUAUGAGCAUGACGUCACAACUAAAUCCAUGUAUGCAAUAUCAAACUCCUAAAUCCUGCAAUAUUUGCGAUAGUUGCAACUUUAAAACGCUAAACGCCAGAGGAACUGAACGUAUGCUGUUGGAAAAGGAUAUAGAAAGACUUAUAAGAGCUCGGCGAAGAUUAAAAUAUGAAUUUUCAGACGAUUGUCAAGUCCAAAAAAAACCGGAAUAUUGUUCAGUAAAAACGAAAUGUGAAUCGCGUCAAGAAUACUUAAAACCUCUUGAAAAAAACCUUAUCGAUAUAAAGAAACUAACCUUAGCUCUAAGUGGUAGUAAAAAGUCUUCCAGAGCAGUCCUAGAUGACACAAUGGAUUUAAAUGAAGAUACUAUUGCCGAUAAAGAAGACAAAGAGUUAACCGAUAUAGAAAAAGCAGUUAAAGAUUUUCAGAUGGCUAGACGAAAUCUUAUAAGCAAACUUAAGGAGUAUUCUAGCUCUCAGUUACCUUCAACUAAAGACUAAUUCACCAUUUCUGUAACGUUUAAGUAAAA